UCUCUGCAGACAGCUGCAACGUCAUCUAAGUGGUUGCUGGGGGGUGUCACAGGUGUCACAGGUGGCACACCCGAAUGCGGGGAAAGAUACCAAGAGAGGGGAAGAUAAGGGAUUUACUUCUUUGGAUUCUGGGGUUAUAAAUAGAGGGAUGGUGAAGAAGUGAAAUAGUAUAUCUUACUUUUUGGUAUUUCUGUGUCUGUUGGGUGAGAGAAAGAUAUUCAGGAGAAUCGAAACAAAAGGAGAUUGAAAGGAUAAGUAAAAUGGAUAAAAUGAGGAAAACGAAAUAUGCAGAUAGAUCGAUACCGAAGAUCUCGCUGCAUGAUUUUGAGGAGAGGAUGGGGGUUAUUACUGAGGAGUUAGUAGUUUUCUCUUUCUUUCUGGAUUUACUUGUUGGUUUGAAUUUGGGUGAGAAGAUGUGGAAUGAGUUUUGGUUGAGGUGUUUGAUGGUGAUGGUUAUGUUUUGAUAGUGACGUUAUGUUAUGGUUACUGAUUUAUAUUCAAUAGACUUAUGCACGCCGCUGAAACCGAUGGAUUUUUCGUCCUGAUUAAUCAUGGUAUUGAUCUAUCUACUAUAUCCCACAUGUACGUAUUCCCGUUACCUCCUCCCCAUCCUCCAUUUCCCACAAUCUCCUCUCCACAUCUAACCACCCACAUCCCCCUUCUAGGUUCAGCACCUCCGAGAAAUUCUUCUCCCUCCCCACCGAAACUAAAUCCCUAAUUCCCUUCUCCCCCAUCCACAACAUCGGCUGGGAAACUAAUUCCCAAGUCCGACCCUCCACUGGCGUGGCCGACAAAAAGGAAUCCUAUCAAUUACAGUUCAAUCCCACUAUGAGCGAUUACUGGCUUCCCGAAUCCCUGCUCCCUGGUUUUCAGAACGACGUUCGAGGGUUCAUGAGUGCGUGUCAGGAAUUGAGUGUGAAACUUAUGCGAUGUUUUGAGCGGGGUUUAGGGGUUGAUGAGGGUUUGUUUGUACGUGCGCAUGAUAUUGGGAGAAGGGAGAGUCAGACGGUUUUGAGACUUUUGCAUUAUUUUGCUGUGGGUGGAGAGGUUGGAAAGCGGAAUGGGAAGGACGGGGUUGGGGAUGGGGAGUGGAUAAGAGCGGGACCGCAUGUCGAUUGGAGUUUUCUGACGUUACUUUUUCAGAGGGAGGGGCAAGCGGGUUUGGAAAUUUGUCCGGGGAAAGAAGUGCAGAGUGAAUUUGGGUGGGAGGAUAAAUGGACUAAGAUCCUGCCGAGGGAAGGGGAGGUAGUAGUUAAUAUUGGGGAUUGUGCGAUGUGGUGGAGUGGGGGAAGAUGCAGGAGUACAUGGCAUAGGGUUGUUACUCCUCGAGGUAGAUGUCAAAGGGAUGGGGAGAAUAGAGGGAGAGGAAACAAUGCAGAGGACGAUGAGGAUACCGAAGUGAUGGUUAUGGAGAGGAGCGUGAUAGGUAUAGUAUUGCUUUUAAUAAUCCGUGUGAAGAUGUGGUUAGGGAAGGAUGAGAAUGGGUUGGAUAGAGAUUACGGGGAAGGAGUUUGGAGAGGGCAAUGGAGAAAAUUUAGUGAGGUGAGGAAGAGUUGAGGGAGAGGGAGCUGGAGAGGAAAUGGAGUUAAGAAAGGAGGUUAAGUAAAAUAGUUUGAAUAUAUUGACAGGAGAGAUGAGACAGAAGAUAUUGAUUUUAUUGAAAAUUGAAUAGUUGAAGAUUUAAUAGAAUUAGAUUAUAUCCUAGAGUAUAUAAUUGAUUAAUUAUAAAGUUAAUGUUUGAAGUUUAUAUGAAGUAAGUACCUUAUAAAGUUACCGAGGGUUUGGUUCCAGU